AUGUCUGGAGCAUGUAGCCUGUCAGUGGCACUCAGCGACACCUCCUUGCUGCCAUUACCAGACCCUAAGAGGGGUGAUGACUACAAAAACCAUGUGAAGUGCAUCAGUGAAGAACAAAAGUAUGGUGGCAAAGGUUAUGAAGGUAAAACCCACAAAGGUGAUGUUAAACAGCAGGCAUGGAUUCAGAAAAUUAAUGAAUUAAUAAAAAGACCCAAUGUCAGCCCCAAAGUGAGGGAACUUUUAGAGCAAAUUAGUGGUUUUGACAACGUUCCCAGGAAAAGGGCAAAAUUUCAGAACUGGAUGAAGAACAGUUUAAAAGUCCAUAAUGAAUCUGUUCUGGAGCAGGUGUGGAAUAUCUUUUCUGAAGCUUCCAGCAACGAAGCAGUCAGUAAGGGUCAAGCCCAGCAGCCACUCGCCCAGGUGGCCAGCCCGCCCCGCGCAGAGCUCUCUACCAAGGUUCUAGCCGUUGGAACAAAUGACCCCACAGAAAAGCAAGCAGAGGUAAAGAAGAAUAAAAGAGAAAGGAAGGAAGAAAGGCAGAAGAAUAGAAAGAAGGAGAAGAAAGAACUAAAAUUAGAAAACCACCAAGAGAAUUCGAAAGGUCAGAAGCCUAAGAAGCGCAAAACAGGCCAGGAGGCCGGAGAGGAGGCCCCUGCCUCUGCAGGGAAGAAGAGCCAGAGCAAGGCGGGUGAGGCCAAGGGAGCCGCUGACAGAGCUGAGGAGGGAGAUGCCGAGGAGUCCAGGAAAGCCCGGCCUGGGAAGAAAAGCAGAAGCACUCGGAAGAUGACAUAGAAUCUAAGAAGAAAAAGGUAAAGUUCUCAGGACCUUCAGAGGGUGGAGAACCAGAGGACCACGAAUCUCCUGCAAAAGGUAUCACUGCCAUUAUUUGGAGAGGUCUGCCCUCUUGGGGUAGA